ACUCGCGCCCGCGGCACUGCCCGGGGCAGCCUCGCGCACCGUGCGUGGCGGACCCGGCAGACGGCCACCGCUUGAAUCUCGCCGCAGAGCCUCCGCCGGGCAGCGAUGCCAGGAUGCCCGUCUCUGCCUCCCUCCGCCAGGACGGCAGCCAGGAGCGGCCGCUGAGCCUGACCUCCACCGCGUCCUCCUCGGGCUCCUCCCGUGACAGCCGGGGCGCCAUGGAGGAGCCCAGUGGCCCUGAGGCCUCAGCCAAGAACGGGGCCGGCUCCCCGCGAGGCCGGCACCCCCCCAACAGCAACAACAACUCCAGCAGCCGGCUGAACAAGAAGGGACCCCUGUCCCCGUUCAACAGCCGGGCGGCGGCGGCGCCUGCGCACAAGCUCAGCUACCUGGGCCGCGUGGUGCGGGAGAUCGUGGAGACCGAGCGCAUGUACGUGCAGGACCUGCGCAGCAUCGUGGAGGACUACCUCUUGAAGAUCAUUGACACACCUGGGCUGCUAAAGCCAGAACAAGUCAGCGCCCUCUUUGGGAACAUAGAAAACAUCUAUGCACUGAACAGCCAGCUACUCAGAGACCUGGACAACUGCAAUAGUGAUCCUGUGGCUGUGGCCAGCUGCUUUGUGGAAAGGAGUCAAGAAUUUGAUAUCUACACCCAGUACUGCAACAACUACCCCAACUCAGUGGCUGCCCUGACGGAAUGCAUGCGGGACAAGCAGCAGGCCAAGUUCUUCCGGGACCGGCAGGAGCUGCUGCAGCACUCGCUGCCCUUGGGCUCCUACCUGCUGAAGCCAGUCCAGCGCAUCCUCAAGUACCACCUACUGCUCCAGGAAAUUGCCAAACAUUUUGAUGAAGAAGAGGACGGCUUUGAGGUGGUGGAGGAUGCCAUCGACACCAUGACCUGCGUGGCCUGGUACAUCAACGAUAUGAAGAGGAGGCACGAGCACGCAGUCCGGCUCCAGGAGAUUCAGUCACUGCUCAUCAACUGGAAGGGGCCGGACCUGACCAUCUAUGGGGAGCUCGUCCUGGAGGGCACAUUCCGCGUGCACCGCGUGCGGAAUGAGAAGACCUUCUUCCUCUUUGACAAAGCGCUGCUCAUCACCAAGAAGCGGGGCGAUCACUUCGUCUACAAGGGUCACAUCCCGUGCUCCUCCCUGAUGCUGAUCGAAAGCACCAGAGACUCCCUGUGCUUCACCGUCACCCACUACAAGCACAGCAAGCAGCAGUAUAGUAUCCAGGCCAAAACAGCGGAGGAGAAACGGAACUGGACUCACCACAUCAAGAGGCUCAUCCUGGAGAACCACCACACCACCAUCCCCCAGAAGGCCAAGGAAGCUAUUUUGGAAAUGGAUUCCUAUUAUCCCAAUCGGUACCGCUACAGUCCAGAGCGCCUGAAGAAGGCUUGGUCCUCACAGGAUGAGGUGUCCACCCAUGCGCGCCAGGGCCGCCGGCAAUCUGAGCCAACCAAACACCUGUUCAGGCAACUCAGCGAGAAAGCAGCCAGAGCAGCAGGAAUGAAGCAUGCAGGCAGUGCUGGCGCGCUCCUGGACUUUGGGCAGCCCUCCCGUACUCGGGGCCUGCAGGCGGAGGCUGAAGGGGCUGCCCGGGAGGAGCAGGAGCAGGAGCAGGAGGAGGUGGUGGAAGACGAGGAGGAGCAGGCCUUUCAGGUCACUCUGGAGGACCUGGCAGGGCAUGAAGGCAGCAAGAAGGGGUCUGGGCCAGAGCCCCCAGGCUCAGAGGAAGAAGAUGAGGAAGAGAGCCUGGCAGUGGCGGAGCAGGUAGCCGACUUUGCCAGCUCCCUGCUGGCUGCCCUCCACUGCUGGCACUAUCGGGCCAACGCUUUACUUUUCUCCCGGGGUGCUAUGGUGAAGGGGCGCAGGGAGUCCGAAGGCCCCAAGAGCUGCAGGAGGCCCAGCGGCCGGUCUCCAACCAGUUCUGAGAAGCACAUGAGCUUCGAGUCCAUUUCUUCCCUUCCUGAGGUUGAGCCAGACCCUGAGCCUGGGGCAGAGCCGGAGGUGUUUGCUGCUGUGGAAGAUCCCAGCGCCGAGGAGAUGCCCUUAGACACAGAGUCUCCAGAAGUCCUGGAAACACAGCUUGAUGCCCAUCAGGAGCUGCUGGGGCUGGACCACCUGAGUGACAUGGUGGACUUUGUAGUAGCCGAGAGCACCGAGGACAUUAAGGCCUUGAGCAGUGAGGAGGAGGAAGAGGAGGAAGAGGAGGAGGAGGAGGAGGAAGAGGAGGAGAUGGGGGCCACCCAAGAGCCUGAGAGCCUCCUGCCGCCCUCUGUGCUGGACCAGGCCAGUGUCAUUGCUGAGCGGUUUGUCAGCAGCUUCUCUCGGCGGAGCAGCCUGGCACUGGAGGAUGGCAAGUCCACUGGCUUUGGGACCCCGAGGCUGACCAGCCGGAGCAGCAGUGUGCUCAGCCUGGAUGGCAGUGAGAAGGGCCUGGCCCGCUGUGGCAGCACCACAGAUGCCCUUGGCUCUCAGUUCCCCCCAGAAGGGGACCUCAGUGUGGGGGUGGCCACAGAGAGUGGCCCUUCUGUCAAUGGGACAGAGCCCCCAAGCCCAGGCUGCUCAGCGGAGACUGACAUGUCUUCUUCCUGCAAGAAGAAGGAAUCAAUGCUCUCCACCCGAGACCGGCUGUUGCUGGACAAAAUCAAGAGCUACUACGAAAAUGCAGAGCACCACGAUGCUGGCUUUAGCAUCCGGCGCCGCGAGAGCCUCUCCUACAUCCCCAAAGGCCUGGUGAGAAACUCGGUCUCCAGGUUCAACAACCUUCCCAAGCAGGACCCAGAGCCAUUGGCCCCGUUGGGGCACAAGAGACAGGUGGGCUCCAGGCCGGCUUCAUGGGCCCUGUUUGACCUCCCAGGCCCAGGGCAGGAAGGUGCAGGCGCUGGGGACCCAGCUCCUAUCACAGAUGCUGAGUUCCGUCCGUCUUCUGAAAUUUUGAAGAUCUGGGAGGGGAUGGAGUCUUCUAGGGGGAGCCCUCGGAAGGGGCCAGGCCAAAGCCAGGCCAAUGGCUUUGACCUGCAUGAGCCACUCUUCAUCCUGGAGGAGCACGAGCUGGGAGCCAUCACCGAAGAGUCGGCCACUGCCUCACCGGAGAGCGCCUCCCCCACUGAGCGGCCCAGCCCAGCCCACCUGGCCCGAGAGCUGAAGGAGCUGGUGAAGGAGCUGAGCAGUGGCUCCCAGGGAGAGCUGGUGGCCCCGCUGCACCCCUGCAUAGUGCAGCUCUCCCACGUGAUGGACAGCCACAUGAGUGAGCGAGUUAAGAACAAGGUCUACCAGCUGGCCCGCCAGUACAGCCUCCGGAUUAAGAGCAAGAUGGGGACAGCCAGGCCACCACUGCAGUGGGAAAACGCAGCUUCCACCGUUCCCCACCUGCAAGAGGAGGCUGGAGCGCCGUCGGCUGGCAAAGGUAAGAGAAGGCCAGUGCUGUCCCUCAACCAGGAGCAGCUGCUGGUCCAGGAGCACAGCCUACCCAAGCCCUACCCUGCUGGGGAGACAUCACCACGGCGUCUCUCCUUCAGCCCCUCUGCUGCCAACUCGAGGACCACUUCCCCGGGGGCCCGGCCCUCCAUCCGAAGCCCCCUCAGUCCCUUGGACACUGAAACCUUCAACUGGCCUGAUGUCCGAGAGCUCUGCUCCAAGUACGCCUCCCACGACGAGGCGGUCCAGGCCGAGGGCAGUCGGCGCCGAGGCCUGCCCGUCAACCGGAGCCGCUCGGUGCCGAACAUGGUGGAGCCGCCUCUGUCGGGCAGGGUGGGCCGCUGCUGCAGCCUUAAGGGCCGGCCCCAGCCUCCCCGGGGGCUGCCCCAAAGUGGGCCCGAUGGAGAGGAGGCCCUGUGUGUCACCGCAGACCUCACCCUGGAGAACAGCCGGCGCGUGAUUAUCAUGGAGAAGGGGCUCCUGCCUGGCCCCGCUGCGGGGCUGGAGGAGGGCAGUGGCCAGGGACCAAGCUCACCAGCAGCCGUGGCGGGGCAGGGCCAGGAUUUGCAGGAGUCUGCAGAGUACUGGCUGAAGGAAGAGGGUCCCAGGGACCCAGUGGACCCAAGCCAGCAGGGCAGAGUGAGAAACCUGAGGGAGAAAUUCCAGGCCUUGAGCUCCAUAGGUUGAUUCUUGAGUCCUGGGGGAGGGAGGAGCUGAGGGACGGGGAAGAACCUUGGCAUAUGCCCACAAGCCUGGGCUCACCCUCCUUACAGGAGCCUCACCCUGGGCCCUCAGAAAGGCCGUGCCCAGGAAGACUGCUCUCAUGUACUUGGCAUGUGCCUUCACCUGCCGUGACCGCACUGGCGCUCCCCUGGACUCAUGGUGACCUUCCACAGGCCCAAAUGAGCCCCUUCCCUCUGAGGCCAGUGUGGCCACUUCCCUUGUAUAUACUUCUCUCUAUAAGAAGCCAAAUAUUUAAGCUCACCUCUCCCCUGGGAGAGCAGACCCUGCUCAGGCCUCCAGCGUGGGCGGCCACUGCCAGACUGAGACGCCCAGCCAGGGAGACGCAGGAAGGUGGCCUGGAGAGGCUUUGCCCUUUAACCAUGCCUUUCCUUAGCAUCCAGGCGGGAGUGAGGUCCAUAAUUUAUUGCUUUCCAUUCUGUGUAUAUGUGCGCGCGCAUGAGAGAGAGCGAGCGAGUGUGUGUUUUCUCUGUUGAUUCCCUUCCCGUGAAGAAUGUAACAGACUCAAUUCAGGUACUUUUGUGGGUUGUCUUGCUGACCCUGUGGUUGUCGCUAAUGUAUACACAUUUCAUUAUUUGCCAAUGGUGCAAUAACCACUGCUGACCAACCGA